GCUGUAUCUUGUAUUAACAACAAUUUGAUCCAGGACGCAUGAAAAUAUAAUAUCAAAUCUCCUUCUUGGAGACCGAUUGCUGUACAACUGCAAGCCUCAGGCAGCCAGGCCGACCGACUACCCAAUCGGGGGAUUUUCUCCUUCUGAGAUAUCAACUCGACGUCAUUUGCUACUGCAUCGCUAUCAACGGUGAAUUUCUUUGCUACGUCUUCGUGCCUCUAUUAUCUAUUCAUCAUUUAUGUUCUCAAACAUAAUUGAUAAGAAGUUGAGCUCCUUUACCAGCUGCAUUGACCGCCGACGAAGUUCCAGAGACCAGCAUAGCGGCCCAGUGUGGGAUAUUCCCGACGCAACAUGGGCAGUGAAACGUCCACUGUGGUCGACGAGGGAACUUCACCAUCGGUACUGGAGGCGCGGAAUAUUGAAGCAGUAGCCAAAUAUAUAAAAGAGAAAGAUGUGCGACGCAUUGUGGUCAUGGUAGGGGCUGGAAUCAGUACCUCGGCGGGCAUUCCCGAUUUUCGCUCCCCAGACACUGGCCUUUACUCCAAUCUAGCCUUUCUAGAUCUGCCAGAGCCGGAGGAUGUGUUCGAUAUCAGUUACUUUCGAGAGAACCCUCGACCGUUCUACGCCUUGGCGCGUGAGUUGGCGCCUGGCCGGUAUCGACCAACUAUUGCGCAUUCGUUUGUCAAGUUACUGCACGAUAAGGGGCUGCUGUUGAAACACUUUACACAGAACAUUGAUUGCUUGGAGCGCCUGGCAGGAGUCCCAGGCGAGAAAAUUGUCGAGGCCCAUGGUAGCUUCGCGUCGCAACACUGUAUUGACUGCAAGGCGGCGUACCCGGAACCUCAAAUGAAGGAGGCUAUUGCCAAAGGGGAGGUGCCUCAUUGUCCUCGUUGCAACGGUUUUGUGAAGCCGGACAUUGUCUUCUUCGGAGAAGCCCUGCCCGAGGAAUUCCAUGCAAACCGAAGUCUCCCGGAACAAGCAGAUUUAUGUAUUGUUAUGGGGACGAGUCUCACUGUACACCCAUUUGCUAGUUUACCGUCAUUCUGUCGUGAGGGGGUUCCGCGAGUGCUGAUUAACAUGGAACGUGUUGGAGGUAUGGGGUCUCGUCCCGACGAUGUCCUUCUUUUGGGCGAUUGUGAUGCUGGUGUGCGAAAGUUCGCACGAGCGCUCGGUUGGGAACAGGAACUUGAGGAACUGUGGGAGAGGACGAAUCCUGAUAAAGAGACACGAGAUGCCGAGAAUGCACCUUUAUGGACAAGAGACGAACGGCUACACGAUGAGGUGGAGCGUCUGACAGAAGAAGUUGAUCGAGCGCUGGGAUUUUCCGGGGCGUAUCACGAAAGAGUGCGACGGCAAUUGGAUCGUCAUUCUCAGAAGGAAGCAGGCAUCAGACAAGGGACGGCAGCAGCCCACCGUGCCCAGGCCUUGUCGAGUAAACAGCCCCUGGGCCAGUCGUCCGGAAUCCACCGCGAUGAGGAGAUGGACGGAGGACUUGCCCAGGAUGCGCUUGUCACAGGAGAUGCGAAAGCAAAGGAGCUACAACCAACGGCUGUGCAUGACAGCGAGGGGGGAUUGGGACAUGUAUUCCCUCAUUUGGCUAGUCAAAGGAAGAAGUCAAAUGCCCUGUGAGCCAUGUGAGUCCUUUAGUGUGACCACUAUUUAAUGAUGGCGCUGAUGUGGCUUUGGCCGGAUCACGGAUGGUUGAUUCUCUUGCAUCCUAAACUUUCUCACAUGAAUGUGAAUGACGAGAAUCUGAACGAAAUCUAUAGGUGAGACAUAGAUGAAUCAUGGUAUGCAAAAUAAUGAAUUAAUAAUGAAGCUG